AUGUCAUCUUUUGCAGAGUCAGUAAGAAAUAAAUUAAAACAACCUAAAGUUGCAAGAUACAGAGCGGGUCAAGUUCCAGAUUUUGCAAAGGAGGAAUAUGAAGAAGAACAAAGUAAAUUUAAACAACAAGAAAUAGAAAAGAAAAUAAACUUUGAAAGUAAUGAUGAUUCAAGGUUAAAUAGAUUAAGAAAUAUACAAAAUAAUAAUAGUAGUGAUAGUAGUGAUAAUGAUAGAGUUGUUAGACAUGAUAGACAUAGCAGCAGUAGUGGUGAUAGAUCAAAACAACAUAGUAAUGAUGAUGGUGGUGAUGACAAAGAAGAGAGAGUAACUGAACAUGUUAGAAGAAGAGUUGUACAUAAAACAGAAAUAGUUGAAGAGAAAAAAGAUAAUAAUAAACAAGUAACAAAUAGUGUGGAUAAUGAAGCGGAUAAUGAUGAUGAUCUAGAUACAAGAAGACAAAGAGCAAGAGAAAAGUAUUUAAAAAAGAAACAGGAAGAGGAGAAAGAAGAAGAAGAAAGAAAGAAAAGGGAAUCUAUAAAGUUAAAAGAUCAUGAUGAUGAAAGUGAUGAAGAAGGAAGUGAAGAUGAAGAUGAAGAAAGUGAUGAUGACGAGAGUGAGGAAGAUGAAAGUUGGGGAAGACCAAUAGUUAUGCCUGUGUUUAUAGCGAAAGAGAAAAGAGGAACAAUCAAAACCGACGAGAUGUAUCAGAAGGAGGAAGAAGACUGGCUGGUUCAACAGGAGCGCGAAAAAGAACAGCGGAAACUGGAAGCACAUCGAAAGCUGAAGGAGGAAUUGGAACGUGAUGAAGCCGAACAAAAGGCUGCCAAUAAGGAUGACGAUGACGACGACGACGAUGACGCCGACGAAGACGGAUCGCGCUACGACGCCUGGGUGCAACGUGAAAUCAAUCGACUCAAGAAAGACAUUCGUGAUAAGCUGGUGUUGGAACGCGAGCAAUCGGAGAAACUGCGAAGAAGCAAGAUGACGGACAAGGAGAUCGAAGCGGAAGACGCCGAGAAACUGGCGAAACGCGACCAACCCAAACAAAAAUUGAAAUUCAUGCAGCGUGAUUAUCACCGUGGUGCAUUCUUCCAGGACGACGAGUACAUCAAGAACAAAGACUUCUCCGGUGCAACCGGUGAGGAUAAAUUCAACCGUGAACUCCUACCAAAGAUUAUGCAAGUCAAAAACUUUGGCAAGGGAGGACGUACAAAGUACACUCAUCUCGCCGAUCAAGAUACUUCGAAAGGUGCACUUUGGAAUGAGAAUCAAAAGAUGUUACAAAACCAUUAUAAUAAAUUGGCUGGUAGAUAG